AGAUGUUUUAACGGGAGUAGGCUUACGUUACAGUCGAGAUGUAAUAAUGACAUAAAGAACGUGCUUUUUUAAAAUUUAUGUUUUUUUGAACCCCAGUAUCUGACAUACUGAAAUCGUUGAUAUAAAGCUAAGCACGUCGGUCUGGCGACAACAACAGCGUUUGUUUAAAUUCAUGGACAAAGACCAGUGUAGCGACAUUCAAGGUCAGUGCUCCUGGAUGGAGAUGCAUCAGUUCAUUGGUGACCUUCUCACAUCUGGAAACACCUCCAAGGACCAGCCAGAUGUGCUAAACGCAGCAUGGGGCAUGGCUGCUGCUGCUGCUGCUGCUGGUGGUGGUGGUGGUGAGGCUCUUGGGUUCAAAAGUGCUACACUCGGUCUUCUAGAACAACGUCGACCUGCCCAGGACAAGUCAGAGGCAGAGCCUGGCCAGCAGAUCCAGCUUGGGGCAUUACAAAGAAAGGGGGAGGACAGAGACAGGAGAGAAGAUGUGCAUUAUGCCUGCACCUGCCCCGGCUGCCCUUACUUCACUUCUCCACCUUCCUUUGAGACUUUAAAACCCAGACAAUCUUUUUUCUUGCCACCACGCUCAGAUACAGUUUGCCACCACUUACCGGACACUGAACCAAGCAGCACCACUGCAUCGGAGUUAGAGACCAGGUCGUCCAGCCGACCGCAGAGGGAAGAGGCAGACAGAGGGACUCGGACCCCGGACAACAACUCAGACACUCCUGCUUCCAGAGCGUCCUCAGGCUCCAUGUCCCACCUCUCCAUGUUUCCUUGCUUGUGUUGCCACCGCAGCCUACAAACCUGCGCUCAGAUACUGAGCCACCAGGAAGGCACCGACCCCCCGUUUUCUCACACCCAUGCCCAUCAUCAUUUUCAUCACCACCACUGUCCUAUAAGUUCCUGUUUACCCUGCCCCCAGCUUGGCCGCUCUCACGCCUCACAGCUCUCUGGCCCUCUUCCCUGUUUGUCCUGCCAGCGCUCCUUUCCUACCUGUACUCAGGUGUGCCAUCACCAGCACAGGCCAACACACACUCAGCAACAAGAGGAAAGAGGUAGGGCGGCUACGACCGUGUUGUUGCUACAUCCCUGCAUGCACUGCCCUGCCUCUUUUUCCAGACCGUCCCAGUUGCUGCAGCACCAGCGCUCUGAGCACGCCCACAAACCGUCCGGCUUCCUCUGCACUGAGUGCGGCAGGGCCUUCAACUCGCACAGCAACCUCCGCAUCCACCUAAAUGUGCACACUGGUGCCCGGCCCUACUCCUGCUCUGACUGCGGGAAAAGUUUUAGCCAGUCGGGGGCUCUGAAGAUCCACAGGCGCAUUCACACAGGUGAAAGGCCCUAUUCCUGUCGAUUUUGCGGCAGGGGUUUUCCCCAUCUGGCAGGGGUCCGGGCCCAUCAGAGGACCCACACAGGGGAGAAGCCCUACCGCUGUAGCCAGUGUGACAAAUGUUUCACCCAGUCAGGAGCUCUUAAGAUCCAUACCCGCAUCCACACAGGAGAGAGGCCCUUCAUCUGCAGCCUCUGCGGGAAAGGCUUCUCCAACCGCUCCGGCAUCCGCUUCCACUACCGCACAGUCCACGGUCUGGCCCCGGAACAUGCUGGAGAAGCUGCAGCUGGGGUUGCACCUCGGGGGCCGGCCAGCCGCGGUUAUCCACCUGGGCGUCCCAGGACUUUUCCUCCAGCCGGCGUUGAGCUAAAUACACCAAACAACCUGGAGAGCAACCCACAUACUGCUCCAAGCUCCAGAGAUUCUCCUGCUCAUCCUGGACCCGCGCCGCUCAGCGGUAAUGAGAGCAAGUCUCAGUCAGAGGCAGCAAACCGAGGCAGUGACAGAGUGGGGCUCUUGUAUGCGUGUGAAGACUGUGGCCUGCGUUUUAAGGAUGCCCCGUCCAGGAACAGACACCAGACUCUGAUGCACUACUCCUCUGAGGGGAGAGAGGAGGAGGAGACGCAGAGGAAAGAGUUAAGCACAAAUGAGAGGGUCCGUGAUAACAGUGGAGAGUGAAUUAAUCAUAAUCACCAGAGGAAAGUGUAUAUAGUACAGUGUUGAAAUGAUUUGUGUUCUGUAGUUAAUUAUUACUAUUUAAAAAGCCUUUGAUAUUCCACAACUUCUUCUCAAGCUAUUCUAUAGAUAGAUAGAACUUACAAAUAUGUAACACCUUAAAAUGAUUUCAAGGUGAGAUUAUGUUAUGUUCAGAAACUCAACCAUGCCGGUUUUCACCUUCAAAAGGUUUUGUACAAUUUCUGAUUCGAUCCAAGUUUGUACGUCAGAUUGUUUAACAUUUCUCUAUCAGUGAGAAAUCCAGCUGUUUGUGUGGAUUCAUCACCACGACAGGCUUUCAGUCCAUCUUUAAAUAACCUUAAAACACCUUGCAAUCACACACCAGGCCCACUUCUACAGUAUUUUUCUUAAUACGGUUGUUUUAUUGUGCCUUAUUCAGCAGUGGAAGACGUUAGCCAGUGAAUCACAAAAUUACAGACCCAGUGUCUUUUAGGAAUUCUUAAUUUUUUUUUUUUAGACAUAAUGAAGGACUACCACUGCCACCUGACCCUUAUUAUACAAAAUGCCUUGUAAUGGUAAAAAAUUAAAUUUUCUACCCUUUUCUAUUUUCCUUUAAGGGGAACAGUUUGACCAGCAAUGCCAUAUCAGUUUACUUAAAUUACUUUCUUUAGUAAUUUAAUCUGUUUAACAGUUGUUUUUUCCCCAUACAAAAGAAAAUCCAAUGGACUUUGAAUGGCAUAGAAAAUUAAGUAAAUGUAUGUAGAGUAUACAGCUUUAAUUUUAUAUAACUGUUUAGGUGUUUCUCACUUGUGGGAAAGUUGCUGUAUAGUGGUAAAACAAAUAAAAAGACAGCCACGUACUGGAUGUUAAGGUAAAACUCUUAACCCCUCAAAGGGAAAAUAAAUCUAUCAGGCUCUGGAGUUUGGUUGAGGUAUGUGUGUCUAGCUCAAAAACAACAUCCCCUUGCCUGUUGUGCCUUCCUGUGAUAUGCUAAUAAUCCAAGCAUUUAUUUUAAACCAAUGUCUGUUACUUUACAAUGUAUGUUAGAAAUAGAAGACAAUUAUCUGAGGAAUGAGAACCAGCAGACAAAUAAUUACACAAUCCAUUGUUAUUAGAUGUUUAAAGCUCAAGAGAGCCACCUAGUGGUUACACAUAAUCAUAGCAACAGUCUUAACCACUUUGUUACAGUGCAUCAUUUCUAGUGUUUGUUAAUGUUUCUUCUUCUAAUUCCUUCCUUUUUUUUUUUUUUUACAAAACAUGUUGAUAUCAUACAUUGUGAAUACGAUGUUUGGUGAGGACAAGUAACAUAUUCAAUCCACUUUUGUUUGCAUUAACCUGUUAAAUAGACUGAAGCAUACAUUGCUGUAUGUGUUUCUUUUCUUUUGAAAGUGCAGCUUGUGAUUAAACAUUUCAUCAAUAAAACAGUAUCUCUGAGA